UUAUUUUUGCAAAUUCCAUUCUGACCUAAUGGUUUAAAUUUAAAGUUUCAAUCCGAAAAUCAUUUAUAUGAGGAGCAGUAAUGUCGGGCUUAAAAAACUUUUUCAAUGCCAAUACAACAAAAGGGAGAGCAAAUGUUGCGAAAGCCACAUAUGCCUCCUUCGCCCUUCUAUACUUAUACUAUAGACUGACAAGGAGUAGUAAAGCUGAUGUGAAAGCCGAUUGUAAGGAAUGUAAAGACUCAACUAAGACCAAUUCUAGUUGCCAUACAGAACCCACUGAACCCACGUGCUCUUCAAAUGCUGCUCCUCAGCAAAAAUCAAGUGCAUUUGAUAAAAAUGUGUGUAGUGAUGCCUUCAAACAUACUGGUGAAAUCAAUUCCUGUGGGAAUGGAAACCAUGGAAACCAUGGAAACGGAAAAUCCUGUCAAAAAGGACAAAGUUCGAAAUGUAAGUCUUCAAAUGGCAAAGGUUCAAAAUCGAAAAAUUGCUCAGAUAUGACAAACGGGGAUACGGAAAUUUGUUUCAAAGUUGUUUCAAAUUUAUUUCCUGAUUAA